GCGUGAAAUACAUGUCGAAGGUCGAAAGAGAGUUUGCGCGCGUUGACAUGCUGAUAUGUAAUAGAGAAUAAAUGAAAAACGUGUCUGCUGUGUAUUUAUUCUGAAAGAAAGGAAGAAUCAUUAAAUAAAUACUAUGUUUUCUAAUGGACGUAAAACGAUAUUCUUGGCUGGUUGUGCGUGUAUUGGAGCAUACGUUGCUUAUCGAUAUUGGAAAAAAAGAGAAUUGAAGUCAAUCGAUGAAGGUUUCGACGAAGUUACUAAGAUCGAUGACAAUUAUGAAAAGAGGAUACUUUUACUUGGUUUAGACGGAGCAGGUAAAACGUCUUUAAUGAAUCAAGCAUGCAUCAUCUAUGGCGAUAAACAACCGUAUAGAAUUCCACCUCAACCUACUCAAGGUUUUACUGUAUAUAGAAUCAAAUUUGGAUCUUUUACAUAUAAUGUUUGGGAAAUUGGAGGUGCAGAAAACAAUAGGAAGUAUUGGUCAAACUUUUUACAAGACACCGAUCUUUUGAUAUUUAUGGUAGAUGCUUCUGAUACGAGUAAAUUAUCUUUAGCUGUUUCAACGUUCAAACAAUUAUUAGGAGAUUCACGAAUAGAUACUGUACCAAUAUUAGUUGUUGCCAAUAAACAGGAUGCUCCUAAUGCACUUACACCACAUAAAGUAAAAGAAGCUUUAGAUGUGGAAAGUAUUUCUCCACAUAAACAUAAGGUAGAAGUUAUCGGAUGCCAAACGAGGCCUGUACCUGAUCUUCUAUCAAGCUCCAUAGAAUGUACCUCGUAUCAUAAGUCUGUAAGGACUGUUACUACAAAAUUUUGUUCUAUGAUUGGUUAAUUAAGAAAUUGGCAUUUUUUAAUUUAUUUAUUUCAUUUAUUCAAAGU